AUGUCCAUAUCAUUAUCCGGAAACAAAAUUCGCGGUUCCUUACCUGAAUCAUUUUGCCAUGCAUCUAACGUCCUCCAGGUUCUUGAUCUGUCUAAUAACAGCUUGUCAGGAACCAUUCGACGUAAUUUGGGGAACUGCAGGUCUCUCAUUUACCUUAAUCUUGGACAAAACAAGCUCACUGGAAGUGUUCCAGAAGAGCUCGAACACAUUACAAGCCUUCGUUACCUUGACCUGAACGGGAAUCAGUUCGAAGGAUCUUUUCCAGCAGUGAUUGAGAACUUCCAAGAUUUGGAGAUUCUGAACUUGGCAGGCAACAGAUUUGAAGGGAAGAUACCUAAGUUCAUUGGUGAUCUACGCAGCCUCCGUAUCCUCGUGGUUGAAUCAAACUCUUUCAAUGAAUCUAUCCCCGAAGGGCUAAUGAAGUUGGAAAAUCUAUAA